AUGCACGAUAAAGUAUGCGUUUCCUCAGGUUUCCUGAAAUGGUUGAUCGGCUUGUACAUACCGAUGGUAGGUCGUUGGGGUUUAGAUUCUCUAUUGGAAACUAGCGGAAUGUCGGAAUACUACGAACAAGAAUUAAAAUAUAAAUACGUGGUGACGGAUGAGCAUGGUGCCCCGGUGCAUCCGGAUACGCGCAAGAGAACCGUGAGGAUAUGCAGCAGGAGGGCGGAAUUCUUCUUGAACGCGAUGUUCUUUUUGAUUUUCCCGUUCGCAAUUUGCUGCCUCCGUCUUAAGAAGACCUUUCGUCGACCCGCCCAAAGACGUUGCUCGGAUGAAUCUAAAACCAGUUUGACGAGCGAUAGGAGCGAAUGUACACGAACGAUCUGCGUGAGCACUUAUGGCGAUAGUAAAGAUUCGCGGAUGGAAGUCGAAGACACCAAAUAUGUGAUGGACGAACUGAAGAAAUCUGAGGAAUCGUUACGUAGUCGUACUAGAAGUAAAGUAAGAAAAAAAAAAGAAAUAGAAUAGUAGAAAUAAAAAAAAAA